GUCAAUAAGCCAAUUUGGAUGUUCCCAAAAUUUUGUACAACGCUACGUUAGCCUCAAAACAUUCGCUGAAGUAAAGAGAACUAUGUUAUCCAACAUUCCAAUGAUAAUCGUGCUCUUCUCUCUGUCUUGGAUUGUGGGCAUGGGAGUAUUUUCAACAUACGUAAACUGUGAUCCUCUGGCAGCAGGAUAUACCAAGAAAAUGGACGAGAUUCUACCAUUUUUUGUGGAAGACAAAUUUGCAUAUCUGCCUGGAUUUCUUGGACUCUUCAUGGCCACCAUCUUCAAUGGUGCUCUUAGCCUCAGUGUGUCAAAUAUUAAUUCUCUAGCUACUGUAACGUGGGAGGAUUUUUUAUCCCCAUUGCCACAGUUUAAAGGACUGACAGAGAAACAAGAAGUAAAUACAAUAAAGUUCCUUGGAUGUGUGUACAGCAUCAUUAUUUUGGGAGUAGCAUUUGGAGUAGGACUUCUCUCAGGUGUGAUUGAGAGUGCUAUGUUGAUGACUUCCGUGACUGCUGGUCCUCUUUUGGGAGUUUUUAUACUGGCUAUGAUUUUUCCUAUGUCAAAUUGGAAGGGAGCAGCAACAGGAAUGAUUGUAUCGAAUAUUGUUUCCCUUUGGCUAGCAUUUGGUAGUUUUACUGUAAAAUCUGCUCUACCAGACCUUAUGCCAACAUAUACAGAUGGAUGUACGAAUGACACAUUCUCUCGAACCAUCACAAAAUCUUCAUCAUCGUGGUUGGUUAACAAUAUGCCUUUGGAAGUAGGCUGGGAUAUGGAAAAUGUUCCUACUAGUCCUCCAGUGCAUGAUGCGUCAGUUUUGGAAAGUUUUUAUUCCAUUUCCUAUAUGUACUGGAGCAUAAUUGGAACAUUAACAACUGUCAUCGUAGGCAUAGUUGUGAGUUGGUUGACUGCGUCUAAGGAAGACAUAUAUGAUUCAAAAUUGCUGUUUAAACUUGCAUUUAAAUUGUCCCAGUAUCUUCCCGGAAAAGACCGCCAAUAUAAAAAUUUACCUACAAAAACUACUUCCGGUCUUGUUAAAGAUCUUAAAGUUACAUUUCCAGCUGAGAAGGAUAAUUUAGCAUUUGAAAUUGAUGGAGAUCCAGAAUUUGUCAAUGCCAGAAAGAAAUCAAAUGGUUUUACAAUAGCUACCAUUGAAGAUAUCAACAAGAUAGACAUAAUAAGUGACGACAAUUUGCCAUCAAAAAUUAUCAUAAGUGAUAAAAAUGGGAAAAAGGAAGUAGGAAAUGGACUAGAAUCCCUUCAAAUUAAAUCACUAGUUGUUGAUAAUGAACAACUUUUAUUAAAACCAAUAGAAAUUUAUAAACGCAUUGAUGAAAAUUAUGUUUGAUACAAUUAGUGUAAUAUAAAUAAUUUGUGAUUCAAAAUUUAAAAAAAACAACUAAUUUAAUGACUAUCCUUGUGAUGUUUGUUCUUUUUUAAACUUUACUGUUCCAAACUAAACUCAUUUUCUUCCAAUUUGGAAGUAAGUUAUUGUUUUUGGUCACGAAAAUGAUAAAGUCGAAAUAUUGACUGUGAUUUUCAAGACAAAAAUCUUAUAUGUAAGAACGUAAAAGAAAAAAAAACAAUAAUUUUUAAUACUUAGUUAAUUAUCAAGACAGAAUGUUCGCAUUUUAAAACUUAAAAAAGGGAUCUGGUAGUUAAAAUGUAAAAAAACGAAGAGGCGACAAAUAAUUUAGAAUAAAUUAAUAAGCAGAUUUACUAAAAUGAAAAUAACUGAAAUUCGGGUGAAAAUAAAUAAUUUAGAACGCUCAUAUAUUAGGAAGAAGUAUCUUAACAAAUUAUAUUAAGUCACAGGUGAAUGAAAAUGAGCAGUCCCUGAUAUUAAUUUUAAUCUUAAAAUGCGCAUCAGAAUUCGAUUAAGAAUUUAAAAAAUCAUAUUAAGUAACCAUCAAUAUGGAAAAUACGUCCAAUACGAAAACAAAAACGACUGGUUCAAAUCUGACUCUGUAAUAAUUCUAUUUUCAGUCACAACAAAUAGGCUAUAAUUUUUUUGAGACUAUUUUUAGCAAAUUUACUAAAAUCAAUCAAGAUUAAUCGCACAACAAGUAUAGUUAUGAAUUCAAUGUUAUAGUAGAAGAUGGGGUUUAUGCUUAUUAAAGCAUAUUAAGCGUGCUGAAAAUGUUCAAAUUACUGACUUUAAAAAUUAAACUAACUGCGAAAUAUUACGUGACAGAAAAAAGAGCAGUAUUAACCCUUUAAGAACAAGUGGGUCACCGGUAUAAUUAAAAAAGAAAUUUUCUUCGAACACCUAAACCUAAAAAGCCAAAAACAAAAUCUUUUGUGCCACCGGUGAUCGACUCGGCCUUAAAAGGUUAAUUUAUACGAGAUAUUUUCAAAUAAUUUUACUCAGUGAAUUGCAGAAUAAAAAAUGCAGACAAUUUUUAUAUCAUAUACGUGGAACACUUGUAUCAGUACUAUGUGAAAGUUAUUAAAAGCUUUCAAGUGCUCGAAAUCAGUUCCUUAAUUUGAAAUCUAAAGGCAUUUUAAUUAUCACUUAACCAUUUGCGCCAUAUUAAUAUUAGUUAAAAACGCUCAUGGAAGUAAGACAAUAUUCUUAAAUCAUUCCUGAGAUUAAGUUUACUAUAGUCAUUAAGUUUAUUAUUCAUAUAGUCCCUCUGUCCCAAAAUAAGUCGUACAUUCUUUUAUAUAAAAUGUACUAGCAAACGUACGACUUAUUUCGGGACAGAGGGAGUAUUAAAUUAGGGAAAUCACUGGAUAGAACUUUUGCUCCGUCCCGCAGAGAGAAUAAAAUCAACACUACACCAGUUACUGUAUUCCGUACAAUUUUUUUAUCAGUAAAAUAUACAUAUUACAUAAUUAAAUUUUACAUAUUACAAAAAAAAAAAACACAAUUAUAUUAGAAGUAUUAAAAGUCAAUAUGUAGAGCAUUAGGAUUAGUUAUUCUUGACUAUGUACAGUCAUUUAUUUUCUAUGAAUGUCCAUGAGUAAUGCAUAGAAAAUUUAGGUAUAUCAUGAUGAAGAAACACUUAGUCUCAUAUAGAUCUGAUUUUGAGUAAUAAAAUUUUGAGAGAGAA